GCCCACACGUGGCUGCUACUGUCGGUCUCCAUUUUAUUGCACCACCAGACCCUUCAAACAGUUGCGCGCGUCUCACAUUUAUCGUUCCUCCGUCUCUUUCGACCUCCUUCCUUCACCUCUGCGUUUACCUCUGCGUUUACGGGGCUUGGCGUAACGUCGGCUCUGUUUUCAGAACAAUGAGCUCUGGGGAUGGGGGUUCUCAAUCAUCAUCAAAGAAAUCCAAGAAACCACAAUAUUCUAGAUUUACUCAGCAAGAGCUUCCUGCUUGCAAGCCAAUUUUAACACCAGGAUGGGUCAUUACAACCUUUAUUUCCAUUGGCCUUGUUUUUGUGCCUAUUGGCCUUGCAGCAUUGUCAGCAUCACAAAGGGUCGUAGAAAUUGUGGAUCGUUAUGAUGACUUGUGCAUUCCUUCAAGUAAAGUGGAUGAAAGAGAUUCAAAUCACGAGAGGGCUGAGUUUAUACAAAAUGAUAAAACAAAUAAAACAUGCAUCAGGACCUUGAUAGUUCCCAAGAAGAUGCAGAGUCCGGUUUUUAUCUAUUACGAGCUCGAUAACUUCUACCAGAAUCACCGGAGAUAUGUAAAAAGCAGAAGUGACAAGCAAUUGCGCAGCCCAGAGUCAGAGUAUGACACGAAAACUUGUGCUCCUGAAUCAAUGAAUAACAAUAAGCCAAUUGUUCCCUGUGGACUUGUUGCUUGGAGUUUGUUCAAUGACUCUUAUGGGUUUAAGAUUAGCGACAAAGAGGUACCUAUUAAUAGAAAGGAUAUUGCUUGGGGAAGUGACAGAAGACACAAGUUUGGCUCUGAUGUUUAUCCAAAGAAUUUUCAGCAAGGAAGCCUUAUUGGGGGUGGAAAACUGAAUCAAAGCUUACCAUUAAGUGAGCAAGAGGACCUUCUUGUUUGGAUGCGAACGGCAGCUUUGCCGAAUUUCAGAAAGCUGUAUGGGAGAAUAGAAAGCGAUCUCGAAGCUAAUCAGGAGAUUACUGUGGUAAUCCAAAACAAUUACAAUACGUACAGUUUCGGGGGUAAAAAGAAGUUGGUUAUUUCAACAGCGACUUGGGUUGGCGGGAAAAACGAUUUCCUUGGAAUAGCAUACCUCACAAUUGGCGGGAUUUGCUUCUUUUUGGCAAUAAGCUUCAUACUUUUGUAUGUCAUCAAACCAAGGUCAUUUGGAGAUCCCGCCUUUUUAUCAUGGAACCUCAAUCCCGACAUGAAUUGAAAUUUUCUCUACGAUUUCCUUCAUUUUCUGUUCUGUCUUUUAUUCAUUCAUUCAUGAAGAGUGUAAUUAGUUUUACUGUCAUUGACUCGUUGAGCUAGUGUAUAUAUUUUCUAAAUUAGUGUUGUAGCCAAAGAGCUUCAUAUGUUCUUUAACUGAUAAUUCCUAUGUCCCAAUUUAAGAUCUCAAACACUAUUAACUUAAUCAGC